AUUUUUAAUUUGCACCGAAAAAAAAUCAAAACGGAAAACUAACGAAAGAGAAAUUUUUUCCGGUUCUUCAUUUCAACAACACAAACACCAUUUGGUUUAAUAUCGCAUUCGGAUUUGGUGAUAAAAAAACAACUGCAAAGCAUCAUCCCAUCAUCAUCUAUUCUAUCCAUCCAUAAUUUGUUCCGUAUUGAAUUGAAACAAAAAAACCAUCAAUCAAUCAUGUCACAACAAGAAAAUCAACUAAAAAAAUUAUUAAAAGAUGCUGAACGUGUUAUUAAUGAUACUGAAAUUGAAACCUGUACACAAUGGAUUGAUCGCGAAGUACAACGAACAAAAAAAUUAAAAGAACAAAUUGAACGACAACAAAAUCAUUCAAGUAUUCCAGCCAAAUUAUUCAAUGAAGCACGUGAUACUGUUGAUGGUUUACAACGUUUUAUUGAAAAUUUAAAAGAUUUUCGUUCAAAUAUGGCUAAAAAUGGCCAUCAAGUUGUUAUUUCAAAUAGUACUGAAGCAAGAGCUUCAGGCAUAUUGAAAAAUGCAUCAUAUUCAACAGAAUAUAAAUGUCCAUUCUAGGAUAAUUCGAUCUAUCGAUUGAUUCAACAAGACAAUUGGAUGGCCUUGUCACUUUCUCUCUAUCUUUAUCUAUCUCUUCCUCUCUAUACAUCUUUCAUUGUCAUUUGAAGAAAAACAUUUGGGGAAAAAAAUGAAAGAAUAUCAUCUAAU